AUGCGUCGCCGUCAGAGCAUGCAAGUGCUCGAGCUCGAGUCGCGCGUCGAGCAGCUGCUAGCCGAGAACCGCAUGCUCGCCGAAGCCCAUGUCCACUCCGAGUCGUCUCAGUCUCAAUCCCACCGCACUGCCACCGUCCUGGCCGAGCGCGAGUCCGAGAUCGAGUCGCUCAAGCGCGCCGUCCGCGAGGCCAACGCCGUCAUCGAGCGCCUCACACAAACCAAUGAAGGGCUCCGCAGCUCAACCUCGGCCAUCGCCCUCAAACACACCGACGAGCUGCGCCGUCUCGAGGCCGACCAUGCCGCUCAGACUACCCAAACGGCCCGCUCCAUUCAGGAGAAGGACGCCGAGAUCGCCCGCCUGCGCGCCCAGCUCGACGCGUCGGACGCCCAGAUCCGCGAGCUCCAGGCCCAGAUCCUUGCCCAGGCCGGGGACGACCCGACCGACUUUUUGGACGCCCACGACAUUGACUUCUUUGACCACCGCUGCCAGCAGCUGUGUGCCCACGUGAAGCAAUGGGUGCUGCGCUUCUCCAAGUUCAGCGACAUGCGCGCGUGCCGCCUGACCUCGGAGCUCAGCGACGAGAAGCUCAUCGACCGCCUCGACAACGCCGUGCUCGACGGCUCCAACGUCGAUACCUACCUCGCCGACCGCGUGCGCCGCCGCGCCAUCUUCAUGAGCAUGACCAUGACCAUGAUCUGGGAAUUUGUGUUUACCCGCUACCUCUUCGGCAUGGACCGCGAGCAGCGCCAGAAGCUCAAGCACCUCGAGAAGCAGCUCCUCGAUGUCGGCCCGCCUCACGCCGUACGCCAGUGGCGCGCCGUUACCCUCACCUUACUCUCGCGCCGCCCCACCUUCAAGAAACAGCGCGACCAAGACACCGAGGCCGUCGUCCAGGCCGUCCUCGACACCCUCUGCAAGAUCCUACCCCCACCUUCCCACCUCGAGGACCAGAUCCAGUCCCAGCUCCGCCGCGUCAUCCGCGAGGCCGUCGCCCUCGCCAUCGCCAUGCGCUGCCAGCGCGCCGAGUACAUGAUGCUCCCACCCUUACAACCCGAGUACGACGACGCCGGCGAGCUCACCGAAACCGUCACCUUCAACGCGGCCCUCAUGAACGAGGCCUCGGACCGCAGCGCUUCCGACCCACAACAACAAUCCAACGAGGUCCUCGAAGCCACCAACGCCACCGUCCGCAUCGUCCUGUUCCCCCUCGUCCUCCGCAAGGGCGACGACCACGGCCGCGGCGAAGACGAGAUUGUCGUCACCCCGGCCCAGGUCCUAGCCGGGGAUCUAUUCUCCCAUGUCGCCCGCCGCGGGUCUCCCGGUGCCAUCUCCACCGUGUCAGCCGCCAACAAUAACAACAACAUGACCAGUCCCAACAGCAGGGGCCGAUCGGUCGGUCGCAUGCUCACGCCCGUGUCGGAUGCCGGCGGCGCGAGUCUGGAGGCUACUAAAAGUCUGCUGAGUGAUCGCAGUCCUAGAGGAGGGGCUGCGGGGAGUAGUGUGCGUGGAGGGGCCGGGUUGGGGCCGCAGAGUGAUGUGAGUAUGGAGGGGGCCGGGGGGUAUUUGUGA